AUGCUUUCAUCAACGUUAACUCGAAGAGUUGUGCAAUCUAAUUUUUUGAUCAGCCAUUACUCGGUCAAUAACCUAUUCGCGAAAUCAUUAUUUUCUAGAGAGCAGCAUUAUACAACAAAUGUACCAAUUUCAAAUUUCCAAAAAAGUUUACUUGCUGUGUCAUCUGCUUUCACGGCACUUUUUGAUCCAAGUAGAGGGGAUAUGGUUGCAACAUUAGCAGAAACGACCUCUUCAAUAUUUCUGAGUAAACUUCGAGAUGAAAUGUUACGCGAUACAAAAGGUCGUCAAAUAUUGAGAGAACGUCCAAUUGUAAAUUCUAAAACUAUCGAUAUUCCAUAUUUGAGAACAUUGCCUGAAGGAACCUUUGGUAAAGAGUAUGUCAAUUUUUUAGAUGGAGAAAUGGUUACACCCGAUACUAGAGUGAAGGUAAAAUAUAUUGAAGACGAAGAGCUCGCUUAUGUUAUGCAACGUUAUCGAGAAUGUCAUGAUUUUUUUCAUACUUUAACUAAAUUACCUGUAAGCGUUGAAGGAGAACUUGCACUCAAAUGGUUCGAAUUUGCACAAACAAAAUUACCAAUGACUUUAUUAAGUUCAGUGUUUGGGCCCCUUCGAUUAUCAAAUGAAGAAAGAACUAGAUUAUUUGAAAAGUAUGUUCCGUGGGCUAUUCAAUGCGGAUCACAAAGCAAACAGCUUAUGAAUGUUUAUUUUGAGGAAUGUUGGAAUAAGGAUAUUACUGAGAUGAGGAAAGAAUUAGGAAUCUAUCUCGCUAAAUAA